GAUAUAGAUGAAAUGAUAAUACAAGCCAGUAAACAAGGCUACUCUACCUUAGUUAAAUUAAGUAGUAGGGGUAUUUCCUAUGCAACAAAUGUUUUUAUGAAAACUGCAUUGACAGGACAUGGUAAACUAGUAGAUCAUCUAAGACGUAGUUAUAGUACUAGUGACCUAUCAGAUGAUGGUACUGGUCUGUCUAGGUCUAGAGAGAUGCUAGAUGAUUAUGAAGAAGAUGAAGAUGAAUUAGAUAACAGACUAUAUGAAGAUAACAGAGAAAUCGAGGCCAGAAAAGAAAGAAGAGUUGUCAAAACAAGUGAUAGUAAAAAAACAGAAAAAUCAGUCAAAAUGAAGAAAGGAACCAGUACCAAUGCAGAAUUAACAAGUGUUAUGGAAGUAGAUGAAGAUGAUGAAGAAGUAGUUGUUACAGAGGAAAUAACCUAUAUACCAGUGACUAGAAAACAUUAUACACAUAAAGAGCAAAAACAGAUAAGCAAAUAUGGAACAUUACCAAAAUCAUACGGACGAACAACUAGAAGCACUAGAAAACCUGUACAUAAAGAAUUUUGAGAGGAAUUGUUGUAUUUAUAGCUUGACCAUUCUAAACCAGGCUGUUUAAAAACUGCACAUGUAUUGAUUAUUUACAAUACAUUGUACUUGGCAUUGUAUUCAGUAACACCUUGAUAUAAUUUAUAUUAUGAACAAAGCACCUGAGACGUGUAAUCAUACACAGUAAUGUAACAGCAUUAGCAAGGGCUUGGCUUUAUAUGCAUUAUAUACACUCUUUACUUUCACCUCGAGAUCAUACUGAAUUGGUCUGCCAAGCAUUGCAGUUUGAGCAUUCUAAAUAAGCCUAAGUUUUUAUGGUCAAGCUAUGCUAUUGUUUUAAGGACUAUAUGUACAAUAUAAAACUGCUGUAAUAAGUCCUAACCUAACAUGUCUUUCAAACUAAUAAUAGAUUUUUACUUCAUGUUGUGUUGUGAUCACAAUAGAUGGCCCAGUCAUAUAGAUUUUAACCUCAGUCAAGUUUGAAAGGAUGAAGUCGUCUCUCUUUUUUCUUAAACUUGACUGCAUGAUGUUGUACAUCCAAGUAAACUAAUACCUAAGUUGUGACUUGUUUAUUUUAUUGUGAGACUAAAAACCUGCACUUUAUUCUAGAAACCUUAAAUAAGAUAAAAAUCCAGAUUUUAAGAAAUACAUUAAUCUGAUUGGAUAAUGAAACAAAAUUUAAAAACAUAGUGAUUGACCAAUCAGAUGAUUGCAGUACUAAAAUCAUCUUAAGUUAAGCUUUCCAGAGUAGGUCCCAGUGCAUUACUUUUAACAUAUCUUAAAAAGUUUAGACUACUAAAACCAGUGAUUUUCGAUUUCUUUUUUCCUAUUUCCUUAAGAUAUGUUAAUGUGAGUAACAAAAUGAAUAGUAAUAUAAACCUGUAAGAGAUAUAAAUGUCCGAUCAAAGCUGUAGACAGCUGGAUUAAAGGCAAACAAGAUAUUGAUUUGGUAGCCCUAUUAAAUUGUUGGUUUGUGAAAACGAUAAGGUGUUGCAACACAAUUUAUAAAUACCAAUGUUACACUAAGAUCACUCAAAAGACUUACGCCAUUUUCACGUCCGAUCAAAGUCAUGGACAGU